AUGAGAGAAAGUUCCAAGGGAAAGUGUGGAUCCUCUUCUCUUCAGUCCAUGAAGGAGAAGGAAAAACACCUGGUGGAUAAAAUUCAAGGGAUUUUCAACAAUCUUCAGUGUGCAAGAAAAGACGGCAGGGGUAAUGACAUUGUGAUCUUUGAGGAGCAGAUGCAUCAGUUGCUCCGCGAGUGGAAGGCAGAACUGGAGUCUCCAGCCACCUCCUUAGCUGAUGGAAGCUUUGAUUCGUUUACCAGCGAACUAGCCCAACUGUUGCAAGUGAUUGAGGAGAAAGAUGAUGCAACUAGUCCAUUAACUAAACCUGGGCCAUUGAAGACUGAGCUCCAAACAAGCAACAUUAGUGACAACAAUUUUCAGUUUUUUCAAGACAAGCAUUUUGAUGAUAACCAACCUCUAGGUCAUAAUUUUGAAGGCUCUGCUUCAACUCUGUACAACAAUGCUUUUAAUAACUCAGAUAUGGCACAGUUGGAUUUUCAUCCAUUCAGUUUAAAUCAAGAUAUGAAUCACAACCCAGUAGGUCACAACUCUGAUUUGAUUGGUCAGUUGGAUGUAUAUCAGGACCUCAGGCACAACACAGAAAUAAAAAACUCAGAAUCAACUCAAUUUAGUUUAGAAGGUUUUGAUUGUAGCCAAUUCUUUGGAGCUGAGGACACUGUGCAGCAUGGAGAAAACAUUAUACCAAACAUUCUUCCAAAUAUUUGCCCUCCACCUUCUGCCUUCUUAGCCCCAAAAUGUGCCCUGUGGGACUGUUUCAGACCUGCUCAAGGGGUAGAAUGGUGUCAGAAUUACUGUAGCAGUUGCCAUGAGCUAUUGGCAAAUAAUGAGGGUCUGCCUGGCAUGACUCCAAUUUUGCGACCUGGGGGCAUUGGUGUAAAAGAUGGUCCUUUGUUUGCUGCUGUUCUUGCUAAGACACAGGGCAAGGAAGUGGGCAUCCCUAGUUGUGAAGGCGCUGCAUCAACUAAAUCCCCCUGGAAUGCUCCAGAGUUCUUUGAUCUUUCUUUUCUUGAGGGUGAAACUGUUAGGGAGUGGCUCUUCUUCGACAAGCCUAGAAGGGCAUUUGAAAGUGGUAAUAGAAAACAAAGAUCACUUCCAGAUUACAGCGGUCGCGGUUGGCAUGAAUCGAGGAAGCAGGUGAUGAAAGAACAUGGGGGACAAAAGAGGUCCUAUUACAUGGACCCUCAGCCCCUUUCUUAUCUCGAGUGGCAUUUGUACGAGUAUGAGAUCAACAACCAUGAUGGUUGUGCAUUAUACAGACUAGAAUUAAAGCUUGUGGAUAAAAAGAAAAGUCCUAAAGGAAAAGUUACCAAGGAAUCUCUUAAUGAUUUACAGAACAAGAUGGGGCAGCUUACUGCUGCUGUUCUAUCAUGUGAUGAUGGAGUACCCAUCAAGGGAAAAACAAAUGCCAAGUCUGAGAAUGAUGGAUCUCCUGAAAAGUAA